AUGACAGAGAACCUGACAGAGAACCUGACAGAGAACCUGACAGAGAACCUGACAGAGAACCUGACAGAGAACCUGACAGAGGACCUGACAGAGGACCUGACAGAGAACCUGACAGAGAACCUGACAGAGAACCUGACAGAGAACCUGACAGAGGACCAGAGGAGGGCGGCAUGUACCUUCAUGCUGUUGGUACCUUCACCAUGUUGGUACCUUCAUGGUGUUGGUACCUUCAUGGUGUCGGUACCUUCAUGCUGUUGGUACCUUCAUGCUGUUAGUACCUUCAUGCUGUUGGUACCUUCGUGGUGUUGGUACCUUCAUGCUGUUGGUACCUUCAUGCUGUUGGUACCUUCGUGGUGUCUAUACUUUCAUGGUGUUUGUACCUUCAUGGUGUUAGUACCUUCAUGGUGUUGGUACCUUCAUGGUGUUGGUACCUUCGUGGUGUCUAUACUUUCAUGGUGUUUGUACCUUCAUGGUGUUAGUACCUUCAUGGUGUUGGUACCUUCAUGGUGUUGGUACCUUCAUGGUGUUAGUACCUUCAUGGUGUCGGUAACUUUGUCGUGUCGGUACCUUCAUGGUGUCGGUACCUUCAUGGUGUCUGUACCUUCAUGGUGUCGGUACCUUCAUCUGUCAGUACCUUCAUGGUGUUGGUACCUUCAUGGUGUUGGUACCUUCAUGGUGUCGGUACCUUCAUGGUGUUGGUACCUUCAUGGUGUUGGUACCUUCAUGGUGUUGGUACCUUCAUGUGUCGGUACCUUCAUGGUGUUGGUACCUUCAUGGUGUCGGUACCUUCAUGGUGUUGGUACCUUCAUGUGUCGGUACCUUCAUCUGUCAGUACCUUCAUGGUGUCGGUACCUUCAUGGUGUUGGUACCUUCAUGGUGUUGGUACCUUCAGGGUGUCGGUACCUUCAGGGUGUCGGUACCUUCAUGGUGUUGGUACCUUCAUGGUGUUGGUACCUUCAUGUGUCGGUACCUUCAUGGUGUUGGUACCUUCAUGGUGUUGGUACCUUCAUGGUGUUGGUACCUUCAUGGUGUUGGUACCUUCAGGGUGUCGGUACCUUCAUGGUGUUGGUACCUUCAUGGUGUUGGUACCUUCAUGGUGUCGGUACCUUCAUGGUGUUGGUACCUUCAUGGUGUUGGUACCUUCACCAUGUUGGUACCUUCAUGGUGUUGGUACCUUCAUGGUGUUGGUACCUUCAUGGUGUUGGUACCUUCAUGGUGUCGUUACCUUCUCUGCUCUCACAGUUGGACGAGACUUUGGACCUGGACCAGCGGCGCCUGAUUCGCUCGGCGCUGAGGGAGGUGCGGAGGAGGGAGAUCCAGGACAUGGAGGCCGCGCUCCUCAGCAAGAGACACCGGCCCAGCAGGAGGUGCACCCAGGAGGACAAGGAGGACAAGGAGAACCAGCACACGCCUUGCAGCAGUGACGCUCUGCACCUCCUCGCUCAGAAAGUGCAGGAGAUCAGGGACUUGGAGGAGCUCUCCACGAUGGAUGUUCCAGAGGAGGAUCUAAAGGAGACUGUAGAGGAGGCUCUAGAGGAGGCUCUAGAGGAGGCUCUAGAGGAGGAUCUAAAGGAGGCUGUAGAGGAGGUUCUAGAGGAGGCUCUAAAGGAGACUGUAGAGGAGGUUCUAGAGGAGGAUCUAAAGGAGGCUGUAGAGGAAGCUAUAGAGGAGGUUCUAGAGGAGGCUCUAGAGGAGGAUCUAAAGGAGGCUCUAAAGGAGACUGUAGAGGAGGUUCUAGAGGAGGCUGUAGAGGAGGCUGUAGAGGAGCUGCGCUCUGCUCCAGAAUAUGAGGAGAGGAGAAUCAUCAGAGCAGCCAUCAGGAGCAUCAGGGAGCAUCAGGAGGAGCAGCAGGAGGAAAAGCGGUCUGGCAUCAGGAGCAUCAGGGAGCAGCAGAAGGAGGAGCAGGAGGAGAAGGGGCCUGGCAUCAGGGAGCAGCAGCAGGAGCAGCAGGAGGAGAAGGGGCCUGGCAUCAGGAGCAUCAGGGAGGAGCACAGUCACGGAGCUGUAGUCAGGAGCUGUGGUCAGGAGCUGUGGUCAGGAGCUGUAGUCAGGAGCUGUGGUCAGGAGCUGUCGUCAGGAGCUGUCGUCAGGAGCUGUAGUCAGGAGCUGUGGUCAGGAGCUGUGGUCAGGAGCUGUGGUCAGGAGCUGUGGUCAGGAGCUGUGGUCAGGAGCUGUAGUCAGGAGCUGUGGUCAGGAGCUGUGGUCAGGAGCUGUGGUCAGGAGCUGUGGAGCUGUGGUCAGGAGCUGUGGUCAGGAGCUGUAGUCAGGAGCUGUAGUCAGGAGCUGUGGUCAGGAGCUGUAGUCAGGAGCUGUAGUCAGGAGCUGUGGUCAGGAGCUGUGGUCAGGAGCUGUAGUCAGGAGCUGUGGUCAGGAGCUGUAGUCAGGAGCUGUGGUCAGAGCUGUGGUCAGGCGCUGUGGUCAGGAGCUGUAGUCAGGAGCUGUAGUCAGGAGCUGUGGUCAGGAGCUGUAGUCAGGAGCUGUAGUCAGGAGCUGUGGUCAGGAGCUGUGGUCAGGAGCUGUGGAGCUGUAGUCAGGAGCUGUAGUCAGGAGCUGUGGUCAGGAGCUGUAGUCAGGAGCAGUAGUCAGGAGCUGUGGUCAGGAGCUGUAGUCAGGAGCUGUGGUCAGGAGCUGUGGUCAGGAGCUGUGGUCAGGAGCUGUGGUCAGGAGCUGUGGUCAGGAGCUGUGGUCAGGAGCUGUAGUCAGGAGCUGUGGAGCUGUGGUCAGGAGCUGUGGUCAGGAGCUGUGGUCAGGAGCUGUAGUCAGGAGCUGUGGUCAGGAGCUGUGGUCAGGAGCUGUGGUCAGGAGCUGUGGUCAGGAGCUGUGGUCAGGAGCUGUAGUCAGGAGCUGUGGAGCUGUGGUCAGGAGCUGUGGUCAGGAGCUGUAGUCAGGAGCUGUGGUCAGGAGCUGUGGUCAGGAGCUGUGGUCAGGAGCUGUAGUCAGGAGCUGUGGUCAGGAGCUGUGGUCAGGAGCUGUGGUCAGGAGCUGUGGUCAGGAGCUGUAGUCAGGAGCUGUGGAGCUGUGGUCAGGAGCUGUGGUCAGGAGCUGUGGUCAGGAGCUGUGGUCAGGAGCUGUGGUCAGGAGCUGUGGUCAGGAGCUGUGGUCAGGAGCUGUGGUCAGGAGCUGUAG